AUUCAUUUUAGACCCAACACCCAACACGAAUCCACUCAUUAGCUGUGUUGCACAAAUACACACAUGCAACAAGACAUUUAACUCAUACGGUUCUGAAUAGUCAUGGGUUAAAAGAGAUCCUUCACAGACAAUGGAUCUGCAGAUCACCUGGUCAAUAUUGUUCUCCUGUCUAACUUUGCAGAUGAAUUGUGACCCUUAUCUGUCAAAACAAGAUCUGGCACUGCUGUCUGCUGAGCCAUACCCAGCAUGUUUCACGAGAAGCCUUGAAGACUUCACCUGCUUCUGGGAGGCACCUGUGGGAAAAUCCUAUGACUUCCUUUAUAAAACAGAUGAGGCUCACAAUGCAGAGCGUGCCUGUAAUUUAAGUCAGCAGGAGACGACAGAAGGAAAAAUCCUUUAUGCCUGCUUCUUUCAACCUCUGGAUGUCUUCCUGCUUGAGUACACACACGUCAGAGUGGUGGAUAAAGAUACCAACACAACUGUCUACACGCGCAAGCUUAAUGUGGAGGACAACUGCCUGUUUUAUCCUCCAUCAGAUGUAUCUCUUCACCCCACUGGAAAAGCAGGGCAAAUUCUGGUUAAGUGGACAGCACUUUCACAAUCAAUGAAAGAUCAUGAGCAGUAUGAGUUACGUUACACUUCUAAAGCACUAGAGGAAACAGUUAAACUGAAGAAAGUUUCCAUAUGUGAGCAUGCGUUGCUCUCACUGGUCCCAGGACAGUCAUGCACAGUGCAGAUCAGGGUUAAGGCCAGUUUUAAUGAUGCUGGAGGCCACUGGAGUGACUGGUCAUCUCCAGUUACAGCCCUGGUACCUCAAAAUGCAGCUGACAUUGAAUUUACAUGCCACACUUCUGAUUUGCACCAAGUCUGGUGUCAGUGGAACAAAGAGCGUUAUAACUAUAUGAGUCUACAUUAUCGACAAACUAACAGAAAUUCUUGGGGGAACUGGAAGAGCUGUGACCAGAGUAAUGUCUCUGCAGGUCAAUGUAUUAUCUAUGGAGAUGAAUGGACCAUGUUUCAGCUUUACUUAACAGCUCCACAUGGGCUCCUUAACCAAACUUUUUAUAUGGACGAGUUUUGGAUGAACAGCAGCAUCAAAACAGUACCUCCAGAAGGGCUAAUGGAGGAGAUCAUCGGAGAAAGGCUUUGUCUGAAAUGGAGCUCUCCUUUUCCUAAAAUAACUGAGCAUUUAAUGUAUCAGGUUCGGUACCAGGUAAAAGGAGAGAAUGAUUGGAAGGUUUUUACAGUGCAAACCCCUAGUACCAGGACCUGUCUGGAUGUGCAAGCAAGUGGCCAGUACACCAUCCAAGUAAAAGCCAAACCCAUUGGAUUGUUCUACAGUGGGGACUGGAGUGAUUGGUCUAAACCGCUCACAAAACAGUUGACUUCAAAUUCAGGGUUGCUGUUUAUCGCAUGUAUACCUUUUGCCAUGCUCAUCAUUUCUGUUGUAUUGCUAACCUCCUUCUCCAGAUAUGCCAGUAAGCUGAAGCAGGUUCUCUGGCCACCAGUCCCAAACCUGAAUGAUGUGCUAGAAAGUUUCUUGAAAGAUAUCAACAGACAAGACUGGGAGCCCGACAUCAGCAUCAAGCAGUGUGAUGAUGACACCCCUGCAUCUGUGGUGGAGAUCAUGUCUGAAAAAGAUACUCAAACCAUAAAGAAACCAUCUAAAGGCUCAUAUUUCCCACAAUACCAGUUGGCUGUGGAUAGUAACAAGGAGUGUGCGAUGCAGGGGCUAGAAAUGACCAGAGAAUAUGUAAUCUUGAAGUCCAGCCCUGCUAAUGACAUCUCAUGCCUGGCUGGGAAUGAUUAUGUUUAUGGAGUGAAUGCUGCAUCGAAUCAGGUUAAGGAAACAGUCUGCAGUUAUACUUCGCUCUGUUCAGACACUUUUCCAGCCUCCACCACCAACAUCCUCAACCAAUCCUAUUUGCAGGCUGAGGUUGGGAGUGAGCUCCACAACAUUAUUGGCCGUUACACCAACCUGGAAAAUGUAGCUACAGUUAAAGAAGAGUGAAAAGGAAGAGCAGUUUCAUCGUU